GUGAUCAUGACUCGCAGACCUGCUUGUUUAAUAGACACGUUCACCGUACAGGACCCUGUCAACCUGUUUUCAUCUGUGCUUGCCGGCUUGCGGUCGAAGUGUACAAACCAGAGGGCAAUUUUUGCCGACCUCGUCCACUGGUACGAUCCCACGUCACUUCAGUCGUUCAUCAUAAAUCCUCGCACCCUGCGAGCCUUUGCUGGUGCACUGUUGGAGGACAAUGCCACAAUGACAUACGUUCUCCUCGGCGCGCACCCUACCAUGCUGAACAGCAUGCCAAAGGCAGUGCUGGACAUUAUCCGCAUGAUGAAUGCAGACAUGCUGGAAUCUCAAGCCAAGUUCUCAUUUUCCUUCGUUGAUGGUUUGACGCAGGAGUCCCUUGUCCCUCUGGCUGCGACUUUGAUCGGUUAUCCAGUCGCGUAUGUCCCCAUUUCGGCGGAUCAGACCUCAUUCCUGAGUGGACAACCCUUGGACGUUUAUGAAGCAACUGUUGUUCCCCAAACGUCACAACCAUCUUCGUUGCAAGCCUUCGGUCAGCAGCAUACUCUACUCAAGUUCUCCUGUCCGUGUUCACUUGCGGAGACGAACCUUGAAGUAUCUGCGGACUGUAUUACAAAACGCCUCCAAUCACGAUUCCAAGAAUGUCUUUCUUUGAUUGGGUCGUCGCUCUUGGUUCAUCAUCACAUAGAAAUUACGGACCGUGUUGCACUCUGAAUAUCCCUUCAAGAAACAUCAUGCAACAGAUGCUUAAUACAUUUUAAUCGACAUCAAUGUUGACAAUCUUGAUGUCUUCGAAUGGCUUGUCCAUCUUAUUCGUCUUCACGUUUUCGAUGUUAUGGACGACCUCUAAUCCGGAGAAAACGCGUCCGAAGAUCGUGUGUUUCUUGUCUAACCAUGGGGUUGCUGUCGUGGUGAUGAAGAACUGCGAGCCGUUUGUAUUGGGACCUGCGUUUGCCAUGCUGACGGUAUAUGGCCUGUAAUGCAGUCAAUCAGCCAUGGAAAUUU